CUGGCAUGGCUGCGGGGCCGCAGGGCUCUGAGGACCUGCUGAGUGGCUGGGACCGGCUGGUAUGGGGCCUGACUUGCCGGGUGCUGAGGACGUGCCGAGGGGGGAACCUGCGGGUCCUGCAGCUGAUGCUGAAACCAUGGUGCAUCUCCAGGGCUGUCUACCAGAUGACGGAAGGCCGUCGAUGUCAAGUACAUCUUCUUGAUGACCGGAAGCUGGAACUCCUAGUACAGCCCAAGCUUUUGGCCAAGGAGCUGCUUGACCUUGUGGCAUCUCACUUCAACCUGAAGGAGAAGGAAUACUUUGGAAUCGCCUUCACAGAUGAGACGGGACACUUAAACUGGCUUCAACUAGAUCGAAGAGUCUUGGAACACGACUUCCCCAAAAAGUCGGGACCAGUGGUUUUAUACUUUUGUGUCAGGUUCUAUAUAGAGAGCAUCUCAUACCUAAAGGACAAUGCCACCAUAGAGCUCUUCUUCCUGAACGCCAAGUCCUGUAUCUACAAGGAGCUGAUUGACGUUGACAGUGAAGUGGUGUUUGAAUUAGCCUCGUAUAUUUUACAGGAGGCAAAGGGAGACUUUUCUAGCAAUGAAGUGGUGAGGACGGACUUGAAGAAACUACCAGCACUUCCCACGCAGGCUCUGAAGGAGCACCCCUCCCUGGCUUACUGCGAGGACCGGGUCAUCGAGCACUACAAGAAACUGAACGGCCAGACCAGAGGCCAAGCCAUCGUCAACUACAUGAGCAUCGUGGAGUCUCUCCCAACCUACGGGGUUCACUAUUACGCAGUGAAGGACAAGCAGGGGAUACCGUGGUGGCUGGGACUGAGCUACAAAGGCAUCUUCCAGUAUGACUACCACGAUAAAGUCAAGCCCAGGAAGAUAUUCCAAUGGAGGCAGUUGGAAAACCUGUAUUUCAGAGAGAAGAAGUUUUCUGUGGAAGUUCAUGACCCACGCAGGGCUUCAGUGACAAGGAGGACGUUUGGACACAGCGGCAUCGCAGUGCACACGUGGUACGCGUGUCCGGCACUGAUCAAGUCCAUCUGGGCUAUGGCCAUUAGCCAACACCAGUUCUAUCUGGACAGAAAGCAGAGUAAGUCGAAGAUCCAUGCCGCCCGCAGCCUGAGCGAAAUCGCCAUCGACCUGACAGAGACGGGGACGCUGAAGACGUCGAAGCUGGCCAGCAUGGGCAGCAAGGGCAAGAUCAUCAGCGGCAGCAGCGGCAGCCUGCUGUCCUCAGGUUCUCAGGAAUCAGAUAGCUCGCAGUCGGCCAAGAAAGACAUGCUGGCAGCCUUGAAAUCCAGGCAGGAAGCUCUGGAGGAGACGCUUCGCCAGCGGCUGGAAGAGCUGAAGAGACUCUGCCUCCGAGAAGCCGAGCUGACGGGAAAACUGCCCGUGGAGUAUCCCCUGGAUCCAGGAGAGGAACCACCCAUUGUUCGAAGAAGAAUCGGGACAGCCUUCAAACUGGACGAGCAGAAAAUCCUGCCCAAAGGAGAGGAGGCCGAGCUGGAACGCCUGGAGCGGGAGUUUGCCAUUCAGUCCCAGAUUACGGAGGCUGCCCGCCGCCUGGCCAGUGACCCUAACGUCAGCAAGAAACUGAAGAAGCAGAGGAAGACCUCUUACCUGAAUGCACUGAAGAAGCUGCAGGAGAUUGAAAGCGCAAUCAACGAGAACCGCGUCAAGUCUGGGAAGAAACCCACCCAGCGGGCCUCGCUGAUCAUCGAAGAUGGAAAUAUUGCCAGUGAAGACAGUUCCCUGUCAGAUGCCCUAGUUCUAGAAGAUGAAGACUCUCAGGUCACCAGCACACUGUCCCCCUUACAGUCCCCUCACAAAGGGCUCCCUCCUCGGCCACCGUCGCACAACCGGCCGCCCCCUCCGCAGUCCCUGGAGGGACUCAGGCAGAUGCACUAUCACCGCAACGACUAUGACAAGUCGCCCAUAAAGCCCAAAAUGUGGAGCGAGUCCUCCUUAGAUGAGCCUUACGAGAAGGUCAAGAAGCGUUCCUCCCACAGUCACUCCAGUAGCCACAAGCGCUUCCCCAGCACGGGGAGCUGCGCUGAAGCGGGAGGGGGAGGCAGCUCCCUGCAGACCAGCCCCAUCCGCAGCCUCCCGCCCUGGAACUCACAGUGCAGCAUGCCGUCCACACCCGACCUCCGAGUCCGGAGUCCCCACUACGUGCAUUCCACGAGGUCGGUGGACCUCAGCCCCACGCGGCUGCACAGCCUCGCCCUGCACUUUCGGCACCGGAGCUCCAGCUUGGAGUCCCAGGGCAAGCUCCUGGGCUCGGAGAACGACACGGGGAGCCCCGACUUCUACACGCCACGGACUCGCAGCAGCAACGGCUCGGACCCCAUGGACGACUGCUCGUCGUGCACCAGCCACUCGAGCUCGGAGCACUACUACCCGGCGCAGAUGAACGCCAACUACUCCACGCUGGCCGAGGACUCGCCGUCCAAGGCGCGCGCGCGGCAGCGGCAGCGGCAACGGGCGGCGGGCGCACUGGGCGCGGCGAACUCGGGCAGCAUGCCCAACCUGGCGGCGCGCGGCGGCGGCCACGGCCACGGCGUCUACCUGCACAGCCAGAGCCAGCCCAGCUCGCAGUACCGCAUCAAGGAGUACCCGCUGUACGUGGAGGGCGGCGCCACGCCCGUGGUGGUGCGCAGCCUGGAGAGCGACCAGGAGGGCCACUACAGCGUCAAGGCGCAGUUCAAGACCUCCAACUCGUACACGGCCGGCGGCCUGUUCCGGGAGAGCUGGCGCGGCGGCGACGAGGGCGACGCGGGCCGCCUGACGCCGUCGCGCUCACAGAUCCUGCGGACUCCGUCGCUGGGCCGCGACGGCGGCGCCCACGACAAGGGCGCGGGCCGCGCCGCCGUCUCGGACGAGCUGCGCCAGUGGUACCAGCGCUCGAGCGCCUCGCACAAGGAGCACAGCCGCCUGUCGCACGCCAGCUCCGCCUCCUCGGACGGCGGCUCCCAGUACAGCGCCUCCUCCCAGAGCACCUUCGUGGCGCACAGCAGGGUCACCAGGAUGCCCCAGAUGUGCAAGGCCACGUCAGCUGCCUUACCUCAAAGCCAGAGAAGCUCAACGCCGUCCAGUGAAGUUGGAGCGACGCCCCCCGGCAGCCCUCACCACAUCCUAACCUGGCGGACCGGUUCACAGAGAAGAACCCUCCUGUCUCCUGAGGUGGGAUAACAGCCUGGCUGCCAGCAUCAGAGGGACCAGUGGAGAAAAGGAACCAGAGGUCUCAUCUGUCAACACACAGACCCUCACUUGAGUUGCCUGUUUUGAGUAGGGCAUCUCACCCUGCCUGAGGCUACAAAUCCCUCAGAAAGUUAACCUGUUUUCUGCUAUAAGGGAGAAAGGCAGGAGGGCCCACUUGCACAGGGUAGAAGGAAUCUCUGGAUUACUUAUCCUAAUUCUCAACCACUCCUUCAUUUUCAGUCCCAUCCCAUGGUCCAGUCUUUUUUUUUUUUUUUUAAGAUUUUUUUGAUGUGGACCAUUUUUUAAAGUCUUUAUUGAAUUUGUUACAAUACUGCUUCUGUUUUAUGUUUUGGAUUUUUUGGCCACGAGGCAUGUGGAAUCUUAACUCCCCAACUAGGGAUCAAAUCUGCACCCCCUGCAUUAGAAGGUGGAGUCUUACUGGACUGCCAGGGAAGUCCCUAGUCCAGUCUUUUAGAAGUACCUAAAAGUCCCACGUCCUGAGCCUUUCCAGAUUCUACAGAGUCCUCCUUAAUGGCUCCUUAAUGACUUUCUCCCCAUACAAUAUUUAACUAAAACUGAUUUUUUUAAAAUCAAUACUGUUUCUAGGAAAACAUUCUGCAUUUAAAAGUCUAACUGAUGAACUGUACACUUAAAAAUGGUUAAGAUGGUAGAGCUGAAUAAAGAUUUUCUUUAAAUGGUUAAGAUGGUAAAAUUUAUGUCAUAUAUAUUUCACCACAAUUUUUAAAUAACCUAAUUGCAAGCAUUACAGCAUAUUCUAGAUAAGGCAUAAAAAUAUCAAUUACAUAUACAGUUUGGUGUAUCACAGUAUGUGAUAUAGGAUACAAAUCCUGAAUAGAGUUGUUUAUAUCCAGAUAAAUCAAUGAACCAUUAAAACAAUCAACCUGCAUCAACUCAAAAAAACAGCAAUUUUUUAUCAUUGCAGAAAGCAAAUGCUUUUUAAAACCAAACCAGGGCUUCCCUGGUGGCACAGUGGUUGAGAAUCUGCCUGCCAAUGCAGAGGACACGGGUUCGAGCCCUGGUCUGGGAGGAUCCCACAUGCUGUGGAGCAACUGGGCCCGUGAGCCACAACUACUGAGCCUGCGCGUCUGGAGCCUGUGCUCCGCAACAAGAGAGGCCACGACAGUGAGAGGCCCACGCAAAAAAAAAAAAAAAAAAAAAAAAAAAACAAAAUUACAAUCAUACCCUUUUAGCUAGAUUCGCCUUUUAUUUUAUAAACUAUCAUUCGUUAAUAGCACUUGAGGGAGACUUUUUUUGUUUUUUAAGUAAUCUCCUUACUGAAGUAUACGGAAGACAUUUUAUCAAUUAUUUCUGUUCCUGUCACUAGUGUACCCUGUAAGAACAAAGUCUUGAAAACGAAAGCACAGAUGCGUUUAGUGGUGCAGCCUAGGAACAUGAAGAACAGGGAUAAGUUGAGAACAUUUUCCAUGCAGCUAUUUAAAUUCUGUCAACAAACUGCCAAGGUUCUAAUAAAGGAACGAAUUACCAU